UCCUUCGUCUUUCUGCAGCCUGCUUUUCUUCUCUCUCUCACACUCACUCACACACUCUCCCCUCAUUCCUCCAGCUUUCCGCAGACAUCAUGGCCGAGGCAUUCGUGGGCACAUGGAACCUGAAAAACAGCGAGAAUUUUGACGAAUACAUGAAAGUGCUGGGCGUGAGCUUCCCCGUCCGCAAAUUGGGCAACAUGACCAAGCCCACCACCAUCAUCGCGGUGGAGGGCGACACGGUGACGGUCAAGACGCGGAGCAGCGUCAAGAACACUGAGCUCUCCUUCAAGCUGGGGGAGGAGUUCGACGAGACCACUGCCGACAGCAGGAACGUCAAGUCACUGGUGAAAAUAGAAAACGGCAAGAUGGUGCACAUCCAGCAGUGGGAUGGCAAGGAGACCAGUCUGGUGCGAGAAGUCAACGACAACGCCCUCACGCUGACGCUGACUUUCGGAGACGUGGUCAGCACGCGCGCCUACGAGCGGGCGGAAUGAAGACCUUCCACGCGCUCGC